GCGGGGCCAUGGCGCUGCUGCGGGCCCGGGCGCUCUACGACUUCAAGUCGGAGAACCCGGGCGAGAUCUCCCUGCGGGAACACGAGGUGCUGAGCCUGUGCAGCGAGCAGGAGAUCGAGGGCUGGCUCGAGGGGGUCAACAGCCGCGGCGACCGCGGCCUCUUCCCGGCCUCCUACGUGCAGGUCAUCCGAGCGCCAGCCGCCGAGCCGCCGCCGCCGCUGCCCGUGCCCAACCCGGCCCGCUACGCGAACGUGCCGUCCGGCGGCUUCGAGCCCGUAGCCCCGCCGGCCAGCGCCUUCAACCCUCCCCCGGUGCAGCACCAGCAACAGCUCCCUCCACCGGUCGCCGAGCCUUUCCAGCUGCCGCCGCCGCCGACUUCGUCCGUCUUCUCCUCCUUCCAAGCGCUGCCUUCUUACAGUGUGUCUUCUUAUCAGACCAGCCAAGGCAGCGACGACGACUGGGACGAUGACUGGGACGACAGCUCCACCGUGGCGGACGAGCCGGGCGUCUUGGGCAGCUCUUACCCGGACUACGAGAACGCAGGCGGAGGUGGCACGGGUGGCCCUUCUAGGUACCGCCUUUCCACCCGGUCCGAUCUUUCUCUGAGCUCCCGGGGUAGUCAGCCUGGCGGACCCCUGCAUCACCCGGCAGGGGGUGCCAAGAGUUCCGCCACGGUGAGCCGAAACUUGAACCGCUUCUCCACUUUUGUGAAAUCAGGAGGUGAGGCCUUUGUGCUAGGUGAGGCAUCCGGUUUUGUAAAGGAUGGAGACAAGCUGUGUGUGGUGCUGGGCACCUAUGGGCCUGAGUGGCAGGAGAACCCUUACCCUUUCCAGUGCUCCAUUGAAGAUCCCACCAAACAAACUAAAUUCAAAGGCAUGAAGAGUUACAUUGCCUACAAGCUAGUACCAAGUCACACUGGACAGCAGGUGCACCGGCGCUACAAGCACUUUGACUGGCUCUAUGGGCGCCUGGUGGAGAAGUUUCCUGUCAUCUCAGUGCCCCAUUUGCCAGAGAAGCAGGCCACGGGACGAUUUGAGGAGGACUUUAUCUCCAAGCGCCGCAAAGGCCUGGCCUGGUGGAUGGACCACAUGUGUAGCCAUCCAGUGUUGGCCCAGUGUGAUGCCUUCAAGCAUUUCUUGACCUGCCCUAGCACUGAUGAGAAGGCCUGGAAGCAGGGCAAACGCAAGGCCGAGAAGGACGAGAUGGUGGGUGCUAACUUCUUUUUGACCAUUAGUGUGCCCACUGGGGGUCCUGCUGCUCUAGACCUACAGGAGGUAGAAAGCAAGGUGGAUGGCUUCAAGAGCUUCACCAAGAAGAUGGACGAGAGCACCAUUCAGCUGAACCAGACAGUCAAUGAGUUUGCCCGCAAGCAGGUCACUGGCUUCAAGAAGGAGUACCAGAAAGUGGGGCACUCGUUCAGAGGCCUCAGCCAAGCCUUUGAGAUGGACCAGCAGGCUUUUUCAGUUGGCCUCAAUCAGGCUAUUGCCUUCACUGGAGGAGCAUAUGAUGCUAUUGGUGAACUCUUUGCAGAGCAACCCAGACAAGACCUGGACCCAGUGAUGGAUUUGUUAGCUCUAUAUCAGGGACAUCUAGCCAAUUUUCCAGACAUAAUCCACGUCCAGAAAGGAGCCCUUACCAAAGUUAAGGAAAGUAAGAGGCAUGUGGAAGAAGGGAAGAUGGAAACUCAGAAGGCUGAUGGCAUUCAGGAUCGUUGUAACAUUAUUUCAUUUGCUACUCUGGCAGAAAUCCACCAUUUCCACAAAAUUCGUGUCAGGGACUUCAAAUCACAGAUGCAGCAUUUCUUACAGCAGCAAAUACUUUUUUUCCAAAAAGUGACACAAAAGUUAGAAGAAGCUCUUCACAAGUACGACAGUGUUUAACUUUAAUAUAGCUUAAUUAUUGGACUUUGGUGGAUAUUUCUUGGCAUGGAAUAAGCAACAGAGACAAUGCCGCUGUCAAAUAUUGGUGGCACUUCUUGGGGCGCUUUACAUGGAUAACUUUGUAAUCUCUUCUGGAUUUCAGCUGAAUCUAAUAAUUGCAUAAGGAGAAAAUAAUUAUGCCCAUUUAGUGGAGACUGUAUUACGCAUUGUAACUAAGUUACACUCCAAAUGCCUACACUACCAUUGUAAUGUUUUUGAAAUAAUGAUUAUACUAUUUGCCUUAUUGCUUUUUUGAGAUAUGGUAUUUUAGUGCAUAUUCUGUAGACCACCAAACCUUUGGGUCUUUCAAGAAGUUGGUUAGAUAAAAGCCAACUUCAGAUGCCUUUUAAAAAUUCUCUUUGGUUUGAAUUUUCUAAAUUCAACCAACCCUGUUUACAAACUCCUAUUAGAGCAGCUAUGCGAUUUUGUGCCUUUAGACUUACAGUUUUCAUUAUUUUUUUUCUAGUAAAACUCAUUUUUAUGACUGAUUGAAUGAAGGGUUGGCACCUCUGACAGGGCCUGAUUUCAAACCUCAUAGUGACUGAAAAAUAACUAGUCAUGUAACUUGCACACUAGAUAUGAUAAAUGUUGAGUAAAACAAUAAGUCUUGGAUUUAAAAUCACUGUCAGCUUUGUUCUGAUUAAAAAUACUAUUUAUUAUUUGUACCAGAACCUUAAAACAUACAAGCAAGAAUGCAGCCCUACUAUAAUCAUUUCUAAGAUGGCAAUAUAAAACCUUUCAGUGUGACACAUGUUCGAAUAGAAACAUGGACCACUUGGCUAAUAAACGAGCAUCAAGGCAUGUCAGUGGGAUAAGAGGUGAGGUUCACACUUGUGUGCAUGUGAGUGGGGGGAGGGGUUGCAAGACUUACGGGGCUGUUGAUUUCAACUCUUAAGUGGGGUUGACAUCAUUUGGAAAUGUCACAAAUCAUCAAACAUUCAGUGAAAUUACUGAUUGGUUGGGAGGAGAAUAUCAAUAGCUUUCGACAAAAGUAUUUCCAUGAAUGUAUCUAAUCUGUUUGACAGCCCUUUCUCACAUCUUGUGCUAUUGAUUCCCAUAAUUUACAGGCACAUGUUCUGCUAAUGUGGGUGGGUACAUUUUUUCAAUCACUGUUUCUCUCCUCCAAAUUUGUCACAUACACAUGCAUGACCUAAAUGAUUUCUUCCUUUAUAGGUGAUCAAAUGUGAGUUCAUCAUUAUGGUAGAGCCUGGGAGAAAUCAGUUCUUAGUAUUCUACAGAGUUAAUUUCCUCCUGGAUAUCAAGGGGUGAGACGGGAGUUCCAGCAAAACCCAUUCAGGCCUCUUACAACUUCAUAAGGCUGUCCCAGAACCUGUAUGUGCAAAAGCAUCCAUGUUUUCUUUAUUACUAAAGUGCGUACCAUUAAAAGAAACAGCUUCAUUCUCAAGUGAACACCAUCUGCUGUCUUCUCCCUUUGCCCAUUCCGUGACCUCUGUGAUUUGUUGUAUGUUUAAUUUGUUAGGUCUAAACUUACAUGCUUUGUCACUUCCUUUAUUUUUGGAGGGUAAUCUCCAAUAUAUUCUGCAGUUCAUUAUAUUCAUGAUGUAAAUAAAAUGUUCUUCCAAAGUUGAACCUAAAAAUUAAAGUUGGACCUUAAUUACUAACAAUGCUAUUCUAUACAUAUCUACUCAGAAAUAUGCCCCAUUGAGUUCAAUCCUAAAUACACAUUACUCAUACCGUGCCUUAAAAAGUUGUUCUAGACAGCCCGCCUGAAAUGUCAAUAGCACCGUGGCAUUGUGUUAGCACAGUGGUGGGUGAGAUGUGCCUAAGGUUUCAUCCAAGCCUCCCAAUUCUGAUUUUUUCAAUUAUUGCAGGGUUGUUUUUUUAAAACAAAUAACAUUUUUAAAACAACUUACUUAACCUUUUUAUUCCAUUCCUUUUUAAUGUCAUUUUGACCGGGGUCCACAGAAGUACACUGCACACCAGAGGAACUUUGACUUUGUGUUCCUUAGUAGCUUGUCAAUCAUAAUAUGACUACUAUUAAUAAUGCUUCAAUAUUAGGUCUCUUGACCUAUUAUCUUGAAAAAUAAUGCUAGGGGUGGGUUAUGUUAGGGUCCCAUCUUUAAGGCCCCAUCGCACAGGUCACUGAUUUUUCUUCCUGCUAUUAACCUUUUAAAAAGACGGAUAAAGAACACUAGUUACAUUUUAAAAAAUAGUAAUUUCAAAGUAAGGAAGCCUGAUUCUGGGGAAGACUCCAGUCUUGUAUCUUUAAUGGUUGUGAAAAAUGUUCUAUUACGUGUAGGAGCUGUUUUACAUUUCACUUCAGAGUAACUAUUAGUGCACAGCCUUGCAACCCUGUUAGCACAGAUGAGUGGGCAAUCUUACUUGCACAAAAAUGUGGUAGCUGGUUCUUUUUCAUUUCAGCUAAAGUUUCCCUUAUAUCUGAACAGACAUUAGAUAUAUAAUAUGUACAGUGAGAUGAGGUACUUAUUUUCUCCUUACUCAAAAAUAUUGACCAAUUUAGUCUCCUCAUAGGACAUGUUUGACUUCUCAAGUGCUAGCAUCUGGCAGAACCACCAUUUUACAGAGUAGACCAUGGGUUCUCAAGCUAUGGCCUGGGGCUGGAUCUGGCCCACAGUGGUUUGUUUGCUUGCUUGGGGAACACCAUCUCCAAGCGAGCAAGCCACUGCCUUGUGCGCCCGCCUCGCAGCGGGUGCCCGCCCCACCUUGCCUCGGCUCCCCUUGCUGCGCCCACACGCCUGCGCCUCCCCUCCUCUCAACACAUGCGCCUCACCAUGCGCCCUGCCUCAGCGCAUGCGCCUGCACACACCGCCCCUGCCCCCACCUCCUCACUUGCCCGCGCACAUGACCAGGCACCACCUUUCUGGCCCACGCCCAGCACUGGCAGCUUUCAGCUGGCACCCUGGUGAAAAAGUUUGAGGACGCCUGCAGUAGACCAAUGAUGCUUUGAUAUGGAGGGAUGGUGCUUAAACCAACCAAACUUCUCUGUUCAAGGCUUACAUAUAUGAACUUUGGAGAUUCAGACAGCUGUGUGGGUUUCUGGCUUUUGCUGUACUUUCAAAACCAGUAUCUCCAUUCCUGAGCAUCCAAAGUAGACAAACUGGAAUCAUCCUUUAAUAGAGAUACAGUAUUUUCAGCUAAAAAAGAAGCCUUAACUGAAAUAUGCAAAGACAAUGCAACAGCCUUGAAUAGGUUUAAAGGGACUUUGGUGGCUUGCCAUGUAUGCACAUGAUAAAGACCCAGACUUUUUUCUGCUUUGAACUUAUUGUGAUAAUAUUUGCACAAAUAAAUUGUUCCACUAGCUUCCACUGCUCAGUAAGUUAUGUAUAUAUAAGAGGCAUUGACCAGCUUUGCAGCUAGCCAGCUGCUUACAUUUUAGUUAUUAUCACUGAACUUUUCCAGGAAACUUUGGUCGGUAUGGAUGUUAGGUUGCAAAUAUGGGGGUUAUUCACAGAGCUUUGGGAUAAGUCAUAUACUUGCAUUCUUCAAUUUGUUACUGAUUUCAAUGAAAUGCUCUCUGUUGUCAGUGACCACAAGUUAACUCUUACUCAGAGCAACUUGUUUUAUGGGAAAUGGGUAGAUUCAAAUAUUUAGCUUCUUUUUCUAAACACUGAGAGAUAAAGCAGUAUUGAAUAGAUGUGGUUUCAUAACUUUGAAAUUCAGUGGUUUCUGGUUUGUACAGGGCUCCCCCACAAUCUGAAACGUUGGAAACCUAUAACACACAUGUUAUUGUGUUGCAUUCCCAGCAGCCAUGGCCAUACUGGGCUGGUUUACACAAACAGUCCACUGUGGCUUGUUUAAGGCAAAAUGGCUACAGAACAUGCAAGUAGCCAUUUUGAAUAUGUGUGCCAUGGCUUGUCAACAUUCAAAUCGCACUAGAGGUAAUGCAAAAGUUAUAUAAUAUUUGCAUAACCUAUGGUCUUCUUUUUUUAAAAAAAUCACAGGACAAAAGAUGAAAGAUGUAGUCUUUCUAAGUCAAAUAUUUAUACAGCCUCCUAGAUAGGUAAAAGCCUUUCCACCAUGGGCAUCAUCCAAAGCUUCCUGAAGAAGCAGAAAGACCACUUAGAUCUGCUAAUUCAUAACAGUUGCUGUUAAGGCAUAAUUUCUCCAUAUUUUCUUAUUCCUUAAACAAAAAGCAUCAUUAUUUGCUUUCCAAUUGACCUGUUUCCUACUUAGAUUCCUUGUUCUAGUCAUGUCUCAAUGAGCCAAGGAGAGGUUGCAGAGAAAGUUUCCCUUGCUUCCUUUACCUAUUCCAUCCAUACCAUGGAUACAGCUUAGAUAAAGCUUCAGUCCCUUCCCACCAGCUCACAUUCUCACUCAGCUUUUGCCCUGUCCUGGUCUCCGCAGUCUCAAGCUUUGCUCCAAGUGAACAUCUUUAGGACUCACUCCAACUAAAGCUAGAACUCUGCCCACUAAACUUGUGUGACAUAACACAAGGAUGGCAGAUGAACUGACAGUUCACCAGAUUUUGUCUUUUGGCAAGUUCACAUUAGUUUUUGAAGUAAUGAAAAAAAGUCUUAUUUUUUGGUGGGGGUGGGGCUUGGGGCUUUUUUGCUUUUUUUUGUCUACAUGCCCUUUGCUUUAACUCAGCCUCUUUCAAAAUCCACUGCAAGGUCUGACCAAAUAGCAUUGGUGGGAAACUGUAAAAUGACCACAAGCAGGGCGAGUCCAAGUUUGUUCAGAAGCACAUUCUACUAUGCACAAUGUGGCUGACGUCUAGGUAAGUGUGCAUAUGACUGCAGCCAUACAGUACAAACCUGUACAUGCCUAAUCAAAACUAAGCCUCAACAAGUUUGGGAAGCAGUAUAGAAUCACCCCUUGAUUUAUCAGAAGGUAUCACUCUGAAAUACCUGGAGGUCUGAGUGCAAAGUUGCAGUCUUACUGUACUGUAUGUUCUUUAUUACAUUUUAAUUCUGUUGUUACCCACUCUGUUCUCUUGAAAUAGGGAAAUAAAUGAAUCUAAAUAAAUAAUUCAA